AUGAAUCCUGGCAAACGUCGGACUAUAGAAUCCUUCUUUCUUUCUUCCGCCAAAAAAGCACGUAGUGGUUUGAUAAAACACGCAUUAUCCCAAUCACAUAUAAUUGCAACAAAAAAUUAUUUGUCAUAUAAACAACGAGAAGAAACGGAUUCAAGUGUUAUUAAGAAAUUAGAUUCUGGUCGUGCUAUUCAAAUACGUAAAAAUCGUGAUCAUCUUGUAAAGAUUUAUUCAACAUUACAUAUUUUGGCACGUCAAAUGAUUAGUUUUAGUGGUCACGAGGAGAAUGACCAAAGUUCAAAUCGGGGUAAUUUUCUAGAAAUUCUUCAUUGGGCAGCGAAAACUGAUUCUUUAGUUCAAUCAAUCUUUCAAGAUUCUUCGAGUAACGCUAAUUAUCUGAGUCAUGAUAUUCAGAAUGAAUUACUUCAUAUAAUGAGUGAUGAAUGUCGAGAUAUCAGUUGCAAUCAACAAUUGUCAAUAGUUAUUCGAUUUGUUCGUGAUCUAAAUGGCCGUACAAUAGAUAGUUCGAAUGUUGUGAAGGAAUAUUUUCUUGGUUUUGUUGAGUUCGAAGAAUUUGAUGCUGGAACAUUAGCAAAUAAGAUUGUUGAUUUUUUAAAUAGUUUGAAUAUUUCUUUACAAUCAUGUAUUUGUUUAUGCUUUGAUGGAGCAUCCGUAAUGCCAGGAUGUCAAGCAGGAGUUCAUGUUUUAUUAAGAAAGCAUAUGCCGAAGGGCAUAUAUAUUCAUUGUUCAGCCCAUCGUCUCAAUCUAGUCGUCAGUGAUACUUAUCUUCGAAAUGAACAAUCAUUUCAACAAGUUUAUAAUAAAACAAAAGAAUUUUGUGAUGCAAAUGAAAUUGAUUUCAUACAACAGUACAAAUCACAUCGUGUAACAACAAUUCCAGUUAGAUUUGAAGCAUUUGUCAUCAGUUCAACACUUGGACAAUGUGAAGUUAUAUCAUCAUCAACAGAUUUCAUGAAUCAAAUCUAUUUUCCUUUGAUUGAUUGUAUGUUAGUAGAGCUCAAUGAUAGAUUUUCAUCAAAACGUUUAUCAUUGAUGAAAAGUAUUUCUACAGUCUAUCCUGAAAUGUUUAAUCGAAUAGAAGUACAGAAGAAACAUAUGGCUUUCUCUAAUCCAUCAUCAACAAAGUCUACCAUUGAGAACAUAGUGAACGAUGAGAAAUUUGCACAAAUUUAUAUAUUUGAUGAAAACGCAGUGCAAUUACUAGACAAUGAACGCACGAUCAUGACCGUCAAACCUGGAUUACCUGGAUGUGCACUUGGCAUUCACUCAUAUUCAUCUGGCAUCCAUUGUGUCCGAAUAAGAGUAGAUAAUGGGUAUCCAGUUUUGGGUAUUCGCUCACGAAAUAUACCACCUAUACCGGAUGAAUACUGUUGGGGCUCCUAUUCUGUUAGUCCUUCGACGUACGGUUGGCAAAAAGAUUAUGGCCGUCUUCUUAAUGGAAGAAUUGACCGUUAUGAGCUGAAACAAAUUUUGAACAACAUGAAAAGGGACAGUCAUGUAUAUACAAUCACAUUGAAUUGUGAUGAACACCAAUUGAGCAUAAUCAAUGAAGACACCAAAGAACAAGAUGAAAUAGAAGUUGAUGUUGGUCAUGCUCCUUUUCCUUGGUGUCUCUAUGUCGAUCUCCCUCGGUGCCCAACUCGGAUAUCGCUAAUAUAA